CUACUGUUAGCCCUUCGUCUCCCAUGUCCGAUCAGACAGGCAUACUCUGUGCGCGUACGCAUUGUAUGCUCUCGCCGUCGCCUGAUCUACUGGACUGUGGCAUCCUUUGUUUCUGUAAAACCUGAACCGCUUGCUAUUGCAUAGUAUCCUCGGCGUCCUCUGGCCACUGCGACAUCCCGCAUGAUCCCUUACUUCUAUCAAGCUCAAUAUCAAUGUCGAGGACAGCCGCACAAACGUUUCGACGAAGGUCUGCGUUGUCUCAGCAUGCCAAGCAUCCGUCCGUGACGAAUACGACGAGCGGGCCCAGGAGGUUGAGUGAAGGGACGUUGGCCUUCGAUACCAACAUUCGAGUGCGGUUGCAUUCUGGUCUUCUGCGCUUCGAACACCCCCUCGCGUAUGAGAAGCUGCGUUCCGUCACUGCGAGCUGCUCACGAACCAUAUAUGUGGUUUGCAGCUUCCAAGCCACAGUGACGCAGAACGCUGACGACGCGACGUUGGUUAGAUUCCGGAGAUGAACAAUCCGUACCACUGGGCGAGGACGUGCGCUCGUACGACUGCGGCGUGAUCACUCAC